UAGGAGCGGGAGGCGGAGGAGAAGAAAAAGGAGAAGGAAAGGAAGGAGGAGGAAGAGGAGGAGAAGACGAGGAGGAGGGGGGAGGAGGGGAGGCGCUCUGGUCGCCGUCAGUGGGCAGCGGAGACGCGGCAUGCCCCCGGCGGGGGAGAGCGGGCCGUCCUCAGCAGCGCCAUGGGGACCCGCGCGCUGACCAUGCCCGGGUGAGAGGAGCAGCGCCAGCCACCCCGCCGCCUCCACCGUCACCUCCCGCACUCAGCCUCGCCGCUGGCCGCCCGCUCUAGCCUCGGCUCCUCCGCCUGUCUCUCCCUCUCUCUCUCUCCCUCUCUCUGCAUUAUUGUUUCCCACCACAGGGGAUGGGGUCGGCUGAUGAUUAGGUCGGAAGCAAGUCAGAUCUGUCUUCAAAGCCUGGUAAUAUUUAUGUAGGCAAAAGAGAGCGAGAGGGAGAGAGAGAGAGAGAGGGAGAGGGGGAAGAGAGAGAAAGAGAGAAGAAACGGGAGGAGGGGAUAAGGAAAUUAAACCUCUAAGUCAAUGCAUAUUGUGGUGACACUGGCACAGGAGCCCUCACGGUGGAGUCGGCCAGGGCUGUGCGUUCCCAAAAUAUGACCAGGGGUGCUUGGAUGUGUCGGCAGUAUGACGACGGCUUAAAAAUCUGGUUGGCAGCACCCCGGGAGAACGAGAAACCGUUCAUCGAUUCAGAGAGGGCUCAGAAAUGGCGACUGUCUCUGGCAUCUCUCUUGUUUUUCACAGUCCUGCUCUCUGAUCACUUGUGGUUCUGCGCCGAGGCCAAACUGACCCGCACCCGGGACAAGGAGCAGCAGCGCCAGCAGCAGCAGCAGCAGCAGCAGCAGCAGCAGCGCCAGCGGCAGCAGCAGCAGCAGCAGCAGCAGCAGCGGCCGCGGCAGCAGGAGCCCUCCUGGCCCGCGCUCCUGGCCAGCAUGGGGGAGUCCUCGCCCGCCGCCCAGGCACACAGACUCCUCUCCGCCUCCUCGUCUCCCACCCUGCCCCCCUCCCCGGGAAACGGCGGCGGUGGCGGCAAGGGCAGCCGAGGCAAAAACAACCGGAGCAAGGCUCUUUUUCUAGGAAACUCCGCCAGACCUGUGUGGCGCCUGGAGACUUGUUACCCCCAGGGCGCCUCCUCGGGCCAGUGCUUCACCGUGGAGAAUGCGGACGCCGUGUGCGCCAGGAACUGGAGUCGGGGGGCGGCCGCCGCCGGGGAGGCGCGGGAGGUGAGGAGCAAGCACCCCGCUCCUCUCUGGAACUUGUCGGAUUUUUACCUUUCGUUUUGUAAUUCCUACACACUUUGGGAGUUGUUCUCCGGGCUGUCCAGCCCCAACACUUUGAACUGUAGUUUGGAUGUGGUGCUCACGGAGGGCGGCGAGAUGGCCACUUGCAGGCAGUGCGUCGAGGCUUACCAAGACUACGACCACCAUGCGCAGGAGAAAUACGAAGAGUUUGAAAGUGUGCUCCAUAAAUAUUUACAGUCCCAGGAGUAUUCGGUGAAAUCGUGUCCUGAAGACUGCAAGAUUGUCUACAAAGCCUGGCUCUGUUCCCAGUAUUUUGAAGUCACACAGUUUAACUGCAGAAAGACAGUUCCUUGCAAGCAAUACUGUUUGGAGGUUCAGACGCGGUGUCCCUUUAUAUUGCCCGACAACGAUGAAGUCAUCUACGGAGGCCUCUCCAGUUUCAUCUGCACAGGGCUCUAUGAAACCUUCCUAACCAAUGAGGAACCAGAAUGCUGUGACGUCAGGAGACCCGCGCGGUCCAGCAGCCCAGCCCGGGGGACGGUAGAGAAGAGUGACUCUUGUCACAGGACGUCGCUCACAGCGUCAUCAGCCACAAGACUGUGCAACAGCAGGCUCAAACUGUGCGUCCUCGUGCUGAUGCUCCUGCACACCGUGCUCACGGCCUCUGCGGCGCAGAACGCCUCGGGCCUGAGCUGGGGCGGCCUCCCCUCGCUGGAGGAGAACUCCACCAACGAGGACUGAGCGGGGACCCGGCGUCCCGGGCCGCGGCUGGCCCCCCACGGCGAACGCGGCUGCUGUCCACCACGUCACAGAAACUGGGUGCUUUUACCCUCUAAUUACUUCUUGCAAGGCCUUUAGGGUAAAAUUAAAAAAAAAAAAAAAAAGAUGGGCCUGAAUCCAAACAAGGACGCCACCGCAGCUUUUUAUUGACUAAAAGGCUGUCAAGUGACUUUAAAUUUCUCACACCAUUUUAUACACUGUGUUUUAAUGUUUGGAGGUUUUAUUUGCUUUCGUUUUGGUUUGGGUUUAUUUGUUCGUUUAUUUUUUUUUUUUUGCACUUGUUAAUACAGGAUUUAUUUUGGGGGAUGGUUUCUCAGAGGUAAUCUAGUCUUUUCCCUGUCUCUCUCUCUCUCUCUAUAUAUAUAUUUCUAGUCAUUGUGUGUGUUCAUCAGAUAGUUCUGUCUUUAUGUCCUGUCAGUUUCUAUUAGAGGAAUGAUUGCUAUGACCUCAUGGUAUAGCAAAAAACAGCAACAAAAAAAAAAAUUAAAAAUAAAAAAGACAAAAAAAAGAAAACAACAGAAAAUAAGAAUUAAAAAAAAAAAAAAAAAACCUAAGUCCCCUGCUACCCACGGAACCCAUGCCCUUCCCGGCCUUUCCUGCCCUCUUGUCGUCCCCUAAGCAGACAACAUCCGCUUGCUUCUGUCUGUGUAACCACAGUGAAGGGCGUGCGCGACCCUGGGCCUCUGGGCCACCUGUGCACCACCCCAAACAGGGCAGAGCCGAGGGGGCUUGGCGGGGGGUUCCUUUAUGCUGAACAAACAAGUGCUCUCCAUAAUAGGUGGAAUCAGACAGUUAACACAUUUUUAUGUUGAAAACAAAAGAAAAAAGCUAUCAUGAACUAUGUCGCUCCAGUUCCCAUCCCCAAGGGGUCCAGUCCUUCUUUCUGAUUGAUUAUUCAGACAGGAGUAGCCAUCCAGAAUCAGGGUGUGGGGAGUAAGGAAGUCUUUCCCUCGAAGAUGGAGGUGGGCUUUCAUGGCGAUUUAAGUUUUGUGGCAGUAAUAUACAAGCACAUUUUGGCCAUUGUAAUGGGAACCAAGAGAUUGUGGACACAAAUCUGAACUUCUUUUCCUCCUUUAUUAUUGUGGAAGAGGCACUAGGAAUGCUCAAACACCUGCAGUAUACAGAAUAUAGACAAUUCUAUUCCAGUAUUUCCCUAACAUGCCAUUUAAAAUUAUUCCAGGUAUAAAGUAUAUGCAAUUCUGCGUUAUCACAGAGGAACAACUUCUUUAAAAAACAAAAAAAAAUAGGUCAGCCAUUUUUAUUAAAGAGCAAAAACUUUAUCACUCUAACAUACUAGGUAGUUGACGAAAAGACAAUUGUGAUCACUCUGUAUUUUUUUUUCUUUGUGGGAACAUUUCACUUGCUGAGUGUAUAUGAAUUUGCUUUCUAAAAAAGGCUUUUAUGAGUUUACAGUAGAAUCAGUGGAAGGAAGAGUUAAUAAGGGCUGUUUUUAAAAAAAAAAAAACAAAGAAACAAAACAAUGAAAAAAAAUUUUACAUUCCUUCCUAUUCUCUAACUAUACUUGGGAAGUGCACUUCGGAUAAGUUAGUGGUGUGAUUGGGAGAUGAAGGGAAUGCAUAGAAAAGGUCCUCUUAGCGAACAAAAUUUAGUUAUUAACUUUAUAGCUAUGAAAUUGCCCCAGGCAUCUGUUUUUGUUCAGACAGACUUUAACCUCCGCAUCAUACUUAACCCUGCGACACGCGUAAAGUAUGCAUAUUUUGUUUUGAAUAAAAAAAUGUUUUGUUCCAGUCUGUUAAGAAUAUUCAAAAAAUAAUAAAGGUAUUGCUUAAUAAAAUUGCUAGAAUUGUUUAGCAGUA